AUGAAGACAACAAAACUUACUGGGAAAAAUGGAAACAUCAUUGAGAACAGGGAUCACGCUCAACAAGAAGCACUAGACACAAAUGCUGAAAUGAAGCGAAUAAUUAACUGGGAACAAUUAAGCCAGCUUAUUGAUGGGCUAUUGAAUUUUGUUAAACCAAAAUCAAAUGUCCAUAAAGAGAUUAAAAGCAGGGCGACUAAUAUUGAGCAGAAAGACACAAACGAUUCAAAAUAUAUUGCCGGGUGCAGUGCUCUUUCCACCAACAUCAAGGGUGCGAAACCAAGAUGUAUGUAUCAUCACCACGCGAGUGCAGUUGCUUCAUCAACGAACGGUUUAAGUGUAGAGAUGUUUUUUGAUCGGAUCAUUGAGCAGAGGAACGUAAAGCUAUCAGACGCUCCGUCAGCAAACGUUUGCUACAUGAUCGAACAAACAGAUAUUGAUUGA